AAUUUAAUUUAACUUGCUAUUUUCUUCGACAUUGGAGAUUCUGGUGGCUUUUAGGUUUUGCUUAGGGUUGAUCAACGACGAAUAUAAGAGAAUGGAGGCGUUGCAGGGAGAAGUGGAUCGGGUUAAGGGUCCCUGGAGCCCUGAGGAGGACGAGUUGUUGAGGCAGCACGUGCAACAGCACGGCGCUCGAAAUUGGUCGGUGAUAAGCAAGGCGAUCCCCGGACGAUCUGGAAAGUCGUGCCGGCUCCGGUGGUGCAACCAGCUCUCACCGGAUGUAGAGCGUGGUGCCUUCACUCCCGAGGAAGACGAGAUCAUCGUCAAGGCACACGCUAAGUUCGGCAACAAAUGGGCCACCAUAGCCAAGCUCCUUAACGGCCGUACGGAUAACUCCGUCAAAAACCACUGGAACUCUACGUUGAAGCGCAAGUACUCAUCAUUGGUCGACAACGUCGAAGAUCCAUCGCUCCUACCAGCGAAGAAGCCGGCCACCGGAGACCGAUCGCUGACGAUUCCACCGGUAUUAGCGGGUCAUUGUUACAGCCCGAGCAGCCAAACUGGAUCUGAUGUAAGCGAUUCGGGUCAUCAGGUAGUCUCUGAUCCUCCGACUCUGGUUCGGCCUGAAUCGAGACCGCCGGAUGCGAUCUUGAACAACGAUCUCUCCACAGAACUCACUCUGUCUCUUCCUGGAGCCAAGUCGAAGGAGUUAUGGAUGGUUAAAGAUUCAGGCCCUAUCGCAGAGCGCGAGAAGGCAUUAACAACAUCAAUACUAUUAUCAACGGAGACGAGGCACAGUGGAAUCACCACAUUUGGGCCAGAGUUAAUGGCAGUGAUGAAGGAGAUGAUAAGGGAUGAAGUGAGAAAUUACAUGGCGGCGUUGUGAGAGAUGGUUGGAUUUUCAAAAAUACUAGUACUGUGCCAAAUGAGUUUUGAUAAUGGAAGGCAUGGGUCCUGAAGACUGAAAAGGCGAACUGAUUUUUCUUGUUGUCUCGAGGUGAGCAUUAAUUUUGGGACUGUACAUACGGAAUUGGUAGGGUUAGAACUUGGAACUCGAAGUUUGAAGUCACUUGGGAUGGUCUCAUCCAACGAACAUGGUUUAAAAAUUUUGACAGGAAGAAAUCUAUAGGAGUGGGAGCAAGGGGAGUGUUCUUUGAGAUUAACUGCAUUAUUGUGAUUCUUUAAACCGGCUCCUCUAAUGGUCAUUUUAAGUAAUACUUAUAAUUUAAUUUAAAAAUUAUAGUCA